CAAAGCUGCUGUUUUGCAUCACAGGCAGACUUUGACAGAUCUGGUUAUAAUGCUCGUUAGACUAAGCAGCUGUCACCUACAUCGCAUCGGAUGCCCUCAACUCGAGUGACCUGGAUGUGAAACAGGAAUAAAAGGCCGUAUCUCGCUUUUAUUUUGACACACCGUUAACAACCCUCUCCUUAUAAACAGACAGGAGGGUGGCUGCUGCAGGAACACAGCGGUGGAGCUAGAGCUAACUUUACAUCAGCAGAUUUCCUUCUUUUUUACCAACAUAAUACACCUUGAACAGACCAUGAACGGACUUGUUAGGUGCGUUUUUAACCGGCUAAACUAGUAGUCUCGUGACUAAUGGAAGAGGAGCAGGAGACAAUGUUGUUAUUAGCCAGUUAGCUCACGAUAGCUAGCAGCUAGUUAACUAGCAUCAAAUUAGUGGGCUGAGUUAGCACCUUCACACUAACUCAGCCCACUAAUUUAAACACUAUUACACUUGCUUAUUAGCUUAUUGGAUUUAUCUGCUUAGUGACAGGUUUGUCCAGUGAACACAUUUCAGUGUUUAUACCCAUUCUCUGCAGCUAUCUAUCUAGCUAACCAGUUGUGCUGAUCAGCUGCUUGAUCUACAGUCUGCUGCUCGGGGUGUCACUGCAAUCUGUUGGCUGCAGAAGAAGAAGAAGAAGUCAUAUUGCAAAAAAAACACAUAUAUAGCUUUUACUACUGUUUUAACUGUCUGCAACCAUGGCUGAAGAAGCGUUUGCUCUGCACCUUCUGGUGUGGAACAAUCAGUACCUGGAGCUGGAUCGAGAGCUGCAGAAUAAAGAGCAGGAUGUGGAGCGCCUGGAUCCGAGAGGGCGCACCCCGCUGGAGCUGGCUGUGUGUCUGGGCCACCUGGAGUCCGCCAGGGUGCUGCUCAGAUACACCUCAGACCCGACACACAACAACACACAGGGCUGGACCAUCUUGCAGGAGGCGGUGAGCACCGGGGACCCUGAGCUGGUGCAGCUGGUGCUUCAGUACAGAGACUACAAAAGGGCCACUGAGAGACUGGCGGGCAUCCCAGAGCUGCUCAGCAAACUGAGACAGGCGCGGGACUUCUAUGUGGAAAUGAAGUGGGAGUUCACCAGUUGGGUGCCCUUGGUGUCGAAGGUGUGUCCCAGUGACGUCUACCGGGUGUGGAAGAGCGGCUCGUGCCUCCGUGUGGACACCACCCUUCUGGGCUUUGAACACAUGACCUGGCUGAAAGGACGACGCAGCUAUAUCUUCAAGGGCGGAGACGAAGGUGCCAUGGUGAUGGAGGUGGACCACGAGAAGCAGGUGGUGUACACGGAGCCACUUGUGUUGUCUCCCCGUGACGCGCCCUCCCUCCUGGCAGCCAUGCAGCCGUCGCAGGAGAACACGGCCCAGAGACUCACAUCGCCCAUCGUCUCCACGCACCUCAACACACGCAACAUUGCCUUUGAACGGAACAAGUCGGGAAUCUGGGGCUGGCGUUCUGAGAAGAGUGAGGUGGUCAGCGGGUACGAAGCCAAGGUUUUCAGUGCCACCAAUGUGGAGCUGGUGACUCGGUCAAGGACAGAGCAUCUAUCAGACCAGGAUAAGUCCAGGAGCAAAGGCUCAAAGACUCCUCUGCAGUCCUUCCUGGGGAUUGCUGAACAACAUACAGCUCACAAUGGAAGUAAUGUGUCCCAGUGUGCCAGUCCUCACAACCCCACAGCCAUCACAUCUGAGGAGUACUUCAACCCGGAGUUCAACCUGAACGGCAGGGACAUCGGACGCCCUGUUGAGCUUACUAGCAAAGUCCAGAGGUUUAAAGCGACGCUGUGGUUGAGUGAGAGUCACCCUCUGUCCCUGGCCGAGCAGGUGACACCCAUCAUCGACCUCAUGGCCAUCUCCAACGCCCACUUUGCUAAGCUGCGUGACUUCAUCACCCUGCGCCUGCCGCCAGGCUUCCCUGUCAAGAUAGAGAUUCCUCUGUUUCACGUGUUGAAUGCCAGAGUGACGUUCAGUAACCUGUGUGGCUGCGACGAGCCGGUCAGCUCUGUGACGGUUCAUACACCAGAGAGCUCCGACGAAGCUGGUCAGCUUCCACCUCCUCCCUUCCACUGCGAGGUGGACCCCUCUGUGUUUGAGCCCCCCGCCGACUACACCACCCUCGGUCCGGGCCGCAGCGAGCCAAUGAGGGACGAGGACGACAACCUGCUGCAGUUCGCCAUCCAGCAGAGCCUGCUGGACGCCGGCACAGAGAGCGACCAGGUGACCAUCUGGGAGGCCCUGACCAACAGCCGCCCGGUGCCCCCGUCUCCGCUGUACGAGGAAGACUCUCAGCUGGAGAGGGCGAUCCAGGAGUCUCUGUCCAUCUCACUGGUCAACAGAGAGGGAGAAGACACGGCCGACCCCAGCCAGCCCGCCUCCGUCUCCCCGUCGGACCCCACCCCCACCGCCAACUCCCCGCUCUCCUACAGCACAGUGGCCGAUCCGCGGCUGUCGGGACACUUCGGUGUGGCGUCGAGCUUCGACGAGCAGCUGCGUAUCGCCAUGGAGAUGUCGUGCCGGGAACAGGAGGAGAUUGACAGGAAGCAGAAGGAGGAAGAGGAUGAGCUGGAGAGGAUCCUGCAGCUGUCACUCACCGAGAAGUAAUGUCACAACAACAACAACAACAACAACAAUGGAGGUGCGUCUUCAUUGGGGAACAAUCUUCUUAAUUUAUUCUGUUUUUAUUUUUUAAAUUCUGAGGUGUUAAGUUAUUGCAGAUAUUUUAUUUGUCUUUCUCACGUGAAGGCUGCUACAACAGAUUGUAAAUGAGUGUGAGGUGGGAGGGAUGAAGAGGUGGAAACAGGUACUCUGAAACACACUCACAGUGAAGGAGGAGACAAAAGGGAGAGUCUUUGUUUUUCUUUUUUAUUGAAUAUUUUUCACAGUCUUGCUGUCUUUAUCGAGUGAUGAAUGAUCCUUAAACUUUAAACCUAUAACAUGUUCCAUGAUAAUUAUAAAAAUAAGAAAAUACAAUCUUAAUGGAAUAACUUAUAAAAAUAUGAUUAUAACAUUUGAAACAUUUAUGUUGGCUUACUCCUAUGUGUGAAAAAUAAAGAGUAAUGAUCAUCCUGGA